AUGUUCCAGCCCUGCGGACACACUCCCUUCUUUCUUCAGGCCAUGGACGACGGCAUCUUCAUCUUCUUUGCCGGUGAAAUGGUGGUUAAGAUGGUGGCGCUGGGGAUCAUAGGUCAGAGCGGUUACCUUGGCGACACGUGGAACCGACUGGACUUCUUUAUUGUCUUAGUCGGAAUGCUGGAGUACUCUCUUGAUGGACAUAACGUCAGCCUAUCAGCAAUCAGGACGGUUCGAGUGCUCCGCCCACUGCGAGCUAUCAACAGAGUACCCAGCAUGCGUAUCCUGGUCACCCUCCUUCUCGACACUCUCCCCAUGCUGGGCAACGUGCUGGCACUCUGCUUCUUCGUCUUCUUCAUCUUUGGCAUUGUUGGCGUGCAGCUGUGGGCUGGCCUGUUGAGAAACCGCUGCUUCAUGGACGACGACGUCAAGAUGAAAUACAACGUUACUUUCCUCAGUGGUUACUACCGGCCUGAGGUGACAGAUGACCACCCUUUUAUCUGCUCUAUGGAGCGGGACAACGGGAUGCUGCGCUGCUCCGAUGUUCCUCGGCGGCGCGUGGCCGGCACUUACUGCUCCCUGGAUGCAGAGGAGGCCCGUCCCGAGAUCAGACUAAAACCAGACCAACCCGCGCCUUGCGUCAACUGGUUUCAGUACUACAACGAGUGUCGGGCUGGGGAACUCAACCCACACAAAGGAGCUAUCAACUUCGAUAAUAUCGGAUAUGCAUGGAUUGCUAUUUUCCAGGUGAUCACACUGGAGGGAUGGGUCGACAUUAUGUAUUAUGUCAUGGAUGCACAUUCGUUCUACAACUUCAUUUACUUCUUUUUCCUCAUCAUAGUGGGCUCUUUCUUCAUGAUAAACCUGUGCCUGGUUGUCAUAGCAACCCAGUUUUCCGAAACAAAGCAGAGGGAGCACGCCUUAAUGAAGUCGGAGCAACGCGCCCGACAGCUCCACCAAUCUGCCUCUACGCUGGCCAGCGACAGCCAGCCGGGCAGCUGCUACGAGGAGAUCAUCCGCUACCUGGCUCACCUGGGACGUAAAGCAUGGCGCCGCCUGUCUCGUUACCUCGCCUUUUGCAAUGUGCAUGUGCAACGAGUGUGCACAUGUCUGAAGGUGCGAGGGGGCGGGGCCAUGAGGAGGGGAGGGGAGAUGAAUGGACUGGCCCACAGGCACUCGGGUCACGUCCCAAACGACUUGACACACCUGCAUCAGCUCUACCACCACCGCCACCAGCACCACAGCCAGCCUCAGCAGCCCCCCACAGACCCCGCCGUAGGCAACGGGGGAAACGGGUACAAUUAUCCCAUCAUCUCACCCCUCUUGACUCACGCAAAAGCCCAGGAGCAGAAGAGGCCGGUUGCCGCGGAGACAGUCAACAAAGUGCCCCAGCUGGUGUUGGAGCACGGUGGGUGCUCCGGACAUCCCGCCUUAGCACUGCCAGGAGAGGUCCCGGGAGACUCCCCUGUGUGCCCUUACUGCUACUACAAUAAACUUGGUGGCAAUGAGCUCGAAUACAUGGAGAACACCACCAACACCUCCAAUUUCCAUGGCAACAGCCCAUGUCACUGCAACAGCCCGGGCCCCUCCGUCACCGAGCCCACCGCAUCGCCACCCAAGCCAAAGAGACGCCACCUCUUACUCCGCUGCCUGGCACGCCUGCGCACCAAGCUGGAUCUGAUUGUCGGCAGCCGCUACUUCAGUCGAGGCAUCAUGAUUGCCAUCCUCAUUAACACGUUGUCUAUGGGCAUCGAGUACCACGAGCAGCCACAGGAGCUGACCGACGUGUUGGAGAUCAGUAACAUGGUGUUCACCAGCCUCUUCAGUCUGGAGAUGCUGCUCAAGGUUCUGGCUCUGGGCCUCUUUGGGUACAUCAAGAAUCCUUACAACGGCUUCGAUAGCAUCAUUGUCAUCAUCAGUGUGUGGGAGAUUAUGGGCGAUGCGGAGGGAGGCCUGUCAGUGCUGAGGACGUUCAGGCUGCUCAGAGUGCUGAAACUGGUCCGCUUUCUGCCCGCGCUCCGGAGGCAGCUGGUGGUCCUUGUGAAGACCAUGGACAACGUAGCCACCUUCUGCAUGCUGCUGAUGCUCUUCAUAUUCAUUUUCAGCAUCUUGGGCAUGCAUCUGUUUGGCUGUAAAUUCGGUUUGCGUCAGGAGACUGGCGACACAUUACCGGACAGGAAGAACUUCGACUCCCUACUGUGGGCCACUGUGACUGUGUUCCAGAUCCUAACUCAAGAAGACUGGAAUGCUGUGCUUUAUAAUGGCAUGGCCUCCACCACUCCUCUUGCUGCUCUCUACUUUGUGGCUCUCAUGACAUUUGGCAACUAUGUCCUUUUCAAUCUGCUGGUGGCCAUUUUGGUUGAGGGAUUCCAAGCAGAGGGGGAUGCCACUCGAUCUGAGUCUGAUGAAGACAGACAGUCGCUGGGUUACGAGGACGAGGAGAAGCUGAGGGAGCUCUAUGCUGCAGAACUGAAGAUUCAGGCCAUGAUCCUCACACCUAACGGACUCCUGAACCCCAAAGCCUCCAUGCCACACAUGGCUCCGCCUCUUCCUGUCAUCACCCACACGGCAGCUACGCCCAUCAUGAACUCCAAUCAAUCGCGGCGGCCAAGCGGAGCCUCCACUGACUUCAACCUGGAGCAGCGGUCCAUGUCUCCGAGGGACAGCAGCCCAGCGAGCCGGCGCUCCAGCUGGACCAGCAUGAGCCGAGCGCCCAGUCUCCACCGGAGGAGCCAGUCUGGAGAGAUGGAGUCCCUUCUGUCAGACACUCACAGCUCCAACCGCAGCAGCCGGGAGCACUCGCUGGACCAGCCCGACUACCUGCAGGUACCCCUGCUGUACCCUGGAGACUGCAAUGGUACCUUUCACAUCCCGGACAAUUGCUAUGACGACACAGUCCCCACUCUGCCCUACAUGGACCAGGAAGAAGAAGAGUACGAGGAGAGUUUUACAGUGAAGCUGAGGAGGAUCGUGGAGCCGUACAAGCCUCAGUGGUGCCGCGAUCACGAGGACUGGUCUCUGUAUCUGUUUGCCCCCCACAAUGAGUUCCGAAUAUGGUGUCAGAAAGUCAUCACACACAAGUUGUUUGAUCACAUCGUCCUCCUCUUCAUCUUUCUCAACUGCAUCACCAUCGCCCUGGAGAGACCAGACAUUCAGGCUCACAGCUUGGAGCGAGUCUUUCUGAGCGUGUCCAAUUACGUCUUCACUGUCAUCUUUGUGGGAGAAUUGAUGGUUAAAGUUGUGGCUUUGGGUCUUUACUUUGGAAAAGACGUGUACCUCCAGAGCUCGUGGAACGUUCUAGAUGGCCUCCUGGUGUUCGUUUCCAUGGUGGACAUCCUGGUGUCGGUCGCAUCAGCUGGAGGAAACCGAAUCUUGGGCAUCUUGCGCGUCCUGCGCCUGCUGCGAACUCUCAGACCUUUGAGAGUGAUAAGUCGCGCCCCUGGACUCAAACUGGUGGUGGAGACGCUGAUCACUUCUCUCAGACCCAUUGGAAACAUAGUGCUCAUCUGCUGUGCGUUCUUCAUUGUCUUUGGCAUUCUCGGAGUUCAGCUGUUCAAAGGAAAGUUCUUCCACUGUGAGGGCCGGAACCUCAGUAACAUCACCAACAAGACCCAGUGUCUGGAGGCUGGACUCCGCUGGGUCCGCCGCAAGUACAACUUUGACAACAUAGGGCAGGCACUUAUGUCCCUCUUCGUCCUGUCCUGCAAAGAUGGCUGGGUCAGCAUCAUGUAUGACGGGCUGGAUGCUGUCGCAGUGGACCAGCAACCCAUCAGGAACAACAACCCCUGGAUGCUGCUGUUCUUCAUCUCCUUCCUCCUCAUCGUCAGCUUCUUUGUGCUCAACAUGUUUGUGGGCGUGGUGGUGGAGAACUUCCACAAGUGCCGGCAGCAGCAGGAGGAGGAGGAGGCCCGCAUUAGGGAGGAGAAGAGACAAAAGAGGCUGGAGAAGAGGAGGAGAAGAGCCCAGGAAAGACCGUACUAUGCUGACUACUCCCCUUUAAGGCGCUCCAUCCACACGGUAUGCACCAGUCACUACCUGGACCUCUUCAUAACCGUCAUCAUCCUCGCCAACCUCCUGACCAUGAGCAUGGAGCACUACAACCAGCCUCAGUACCUGGAGGAGAUCCUCAAAUACUGCAACUAUGUCUUCACCGUGGUCUUCGUCAUCGAGGCCAUCAUCAAACUUGUCGCAUUAGGCCUGCGCCGCUUCUUCAAAGAGAGGUGGAACCAGCUGGACCUGGCCAUCGUGCUGCUGUCCAUUAUGGGCAUCACACUGGAAGAGAUCGACUUAAACGCAUCGCUGCCCAUCAACCCGACCAUCAUCCGCAUCAUGAGGGUGCUGCGCAUAACGCGAGUGCUCAAGCUGCUCAAGAUGGCCACCGGGAUGAGGUCGCUGCUGGACACUGUAAUGCAAGCCCUCCCCCAGGUGGGGAAUCUAGGUCUGCUCUUCAUGUUGCUGUUCUUCAUCUAUGCAGCUCUGGGAGUUGAGCUCUUUGGAAAAUUGGAGUGUUCGGACGAGAAUCCAUGUGAAGGCCUCAGUCGCCACGCCACCUUUGACAACUUUGGCAUGGCCUUCCUCACGCUUUUUAGAGUAUCCACAGGGGACAACUGGAAUGGGAUUAUGAAGGACACGUUGCGGGACUGCCGUCCACAAGACCGUCAUUGUCUAAGUUACCUGCCCCUCAUUUCCCCAGUAUACUUUGUGACGUUUGUGCUGACGGCUCAGUUUGUCCUGGUCAAUGUGGUAGUGGCGGUGCUCAUGAAGCACCUAGAGGAAAGCAACAAGGAGGCUCAGCUGGAGGAGAUGGAGGAGAGAGAAGAGAAGGAGCGAGAGAUGGAGCUGGCCGCCCGCAGACUCAGCACCACAUCAGGGGGCCCAGAACAGGGGCUCAAUGGAGACGCGCCUGCACAGGUGCAGGUGGAAGAUGAGGAGCGUUCCCAUGGAAACCUGCUGAGCAUAGGCCGCAUGCUGUCUCUCCCCAGCGACAGCCACGUGCAGCCGCUGCGAUGUGCCCCGUACCCCCCCAUUGGCCACGAGCCCUACUCUGGCUACAGCUACUCAGGCUCCGUGUCGUCAUUGGCCUCCAGCGGGGCCAGUUCGUUGCUGCAGGUGCCUGGAGCUCUUCCCACCAUCAGCCAUGCAUCCCUUGGUUCAACGCGCCUCAGCAGGCCCAUGAUCUGCCUGAGCCCAUUCCAGAGCAUUGACCGCAGCUCUUCCUUCCGGCUCGGCCCGUCUGACAGCGUGGAGGGUCACCGCUACAGCCCCGCCCACCGCAUCCAGCGCCACCGGCUCAAUUCGGCACACAGCAUUGAUGGCUACCGCUUCAGCCCCACACGCCGCAUCAACCGCCACCGCCUCAGCUCCACCCGCAGCAUGGAUGGGUAUAGGCUGGCCGCGGAGAGUGGGGGGGACCGACCCAAGCUCGUGUCCAGUUACAGCAUCGAUCGCCAGGGUUCACUCAAACACAGUCCCACACACACCAGGGGCAGCUGUAGAAAGCCCCAGCGCUGGCUCAGUCCUGAAGACAGUCUGGACAGGAAUAAGCUGAGCCCCUCUUACAUCCCUGAGCGCCCAGGGCUUAAGAGACCAGCCUCUUUCCACACAGCCGGCCGUCAGCUGAGGAGACAGGCGGCGGUGCGCAGUGACUCUGUGGAGCAGAGUGGUUCUGUGGAGGAUCUGGCCAACGCUCACCUGACAGUGCCCUCGGCCUCGUCGCCUCAGCGCCACCGCCGCUCUUCCAGUGUGCACACGCUCAAGUGUGCCCACCCCCAGAGGGUCAUCUCCAGCAGGAGCCACACACGCAGCCACAGUGACUCCAUGGACCCAGAGCCAGCAGAGCCUGCAGCGGCAGCAGAGCCUUCGGAACCUCCGGAGCCUGAUGCUGUAAGGCCAAAGACCCUCACAGUUCCGGUCUCGGACCCCCCACUCCCAAACAGACUGAGCGGACCACAACACUCUUCACAAGCAGACGAUGCCGACGCAGAGGUCAGCCACAUCACCAGCUCGGCCCACGCGCUUGCACCCUCCGCGGACACAAACAGACGUCUAUCAGGAUGCCUCAGUCAAUCAGUGUCCCCGGUGUCGGGCAGGAACAGGAAACACAGGGUCAGCCCGCCCCCAGGCGACCAACUCGUUAGUAUGACGACCCAGCUCACGGACACCAGUGUGGAGCUGAGGCGGCGGACUCUGUCGUUCGAUGCCACGAGCCUCUCUCCGAAGCCUGACGGGGGCUCUGUGGACGACUGA